AGACAAACGACAAGGUAGUCGCAUCAAUACAGUUAAAGAGGCUGACAUUUUUUUUUAAAGCUUAACACAUUCAAUAAUUUAAAUUACAGAUAAAAAUGAAAUUUUAUAGUUUUUUAAUAUCAUUUAUCUUUGUAAAUGUUUCAACGUAUGACAUAAAGGAUUAUAUUAAGGAAGUUUGUGUUACAAACGCCCACAUCGAGCAUGUUUUUAACAUGAAUAAUUUUAGAAUAAGAGGAAAAUUUGAAUUAAAUGGAUUGGAGUAUGUAGUUAAAACAUUUGUCGAGCAAGGCCUGCAUAGUAUAGGACCUUUGAAUAAUAUGUUCGCAGUACCCGAAUUUCGACUCUAUACCGAAUGGGACGAACUAAUAGAAACCCAAGCAGCUUUGCGAGAACUAAUACAAUCUAAAUUAAGUAAAUAUGAAAUUUAAGAUUUUUUAAUCUUUAAUUCCUUAACCCUAAAGAAAAAUGAUAAAAAGUAAAUUACAGUUCAAUUGUAACGCUUAGGCUGUGCGAUUUCGUGGGGGUAAAGAGAUUUUUGGCAGACAAUCGCGAGCCAAACUGCAGCCUCUCACAAUCCAUCGCUCUCGAUCCAUCCUUGUGUGUACAAUGACGUUAGAGUAGGGUUGAUUAUCAGGGUUGUUUAACGUCAAAUGAGAUUCGACAUUAUACAUUUAAAGUAUUACGCAUAUCAACGUGCCCACUCCCUUACUCACACAUUGACAUUAUAUGAUCAAACCGAACCAAAAGGCAUGACCCGUAGAUACACGGGUGGGCAUCGUAGCAUAGCACGGAUAUAGAGGCGGGCCGGCACUGGCAAACCUACGUUUGUAUUAGCCAACUGUAAUAAGUUAUAGCUAGC